GGUUAAUCGAAUUAUGUGACCUUUUUUAUCUUUUUGUACAUGCAUCUGUUUAUAUAGACAGAAAUCAAUAUCCAAUAUUAGGAAUGGUAUAUCCAACUAUCAAACAUCUUAUUAAGCAUUUUGAUA